AGCACCUGGAUUCCUCAAGAUCAGGAACAGCAGGCAUGCCUCGGAACGCCUGAUUGUUGCCUUUCCAAAAACUUGUUUUUCCUCUCCGAUUUGGGUUUCGCAACUCAGCAAGGGGGGAGAGGGGCACGCAAAGAGGAUGAGCGGCAGUGGGCUUGUUGCAAGCUCCCCAAUCUCUGAGGAAAGCGUAGCCUUCACGCCCUUGAAGCCCGUUGCGAUGGCGAGGGAAUGCAGUGACGACAUGGCCGUCUUUGAAGACAUCAAACCGCCCGUACGAAUCUUGGAAAACCAACCGGAUUUGGCCCAGGCGCAGACCGAGAUGGACAAGUACCUCUCUGGCCAAAUGCCCCCUGCACCGAUGGCAACAGACAAGAAGUAUCGCCGGGAAAGCGCCUCUGUGGUGGACGAGUAUUUCUCCACUGAAAAGCCUCCGUCGGCACCCUACAGCGUCAACAUCAACGUGAUCCUUCCGGACACCACACACUUACGCACGGGGAUCUACCGGCCAGCUAAGGGCCCCGUGCCCUUUCCCCAGAUCAAAAUGGAGCCCGGCCCCUGUUUUGCCCAGCCCUGCCCUGCCAGCAGUGGGCCGAUCCAGACCCUGCCGGACUUCACCAGCGUUUUUAGCGUGCCGCAGUCCGUGGCCGCCAGCAGCAUCUUUGUCAAGCAAGAGCUGCCCUGCCCCGAACCCCCGCAUUGCCUCAGCCCGCAGCCAGGCCUGCUCUACCAGCUCUCGGGGGAGAUGGCCCCUGCGUCCCCCUCGACCUGUGGCCCCACAGCCGCCGGCAGCCUCCACGGGGUGGCCAUUCCUAGUGGCAGCUCCAUGCUGGACUCCAGGCCCCUCACCCGGCCCCUGCGGCCAGCAGGGCAGCUGAAGCCCUUCCCAGCGGCCCCCCAAGGCCUCAGUGGCUUCAGUGUGCUGGAGGAGUUCUACCCCGUGCCAGCAGUGAGCCUGCCCCCUUCGCCCCCCAACUCACAGCCCGGCAGCCCCGAGAACGAGCCUGAGCCCAUCAACGCCAUUUCGCCUCCCCCCCCCUACGAGGCCACGUUUGGACUGAAACUGUCCCCCCCCGGACCCAUCGCCUCCAGCGCCCUCAAGCGCAUCACGCAGGGACACCUCAUCCUGCCGACCCCCAAGUACAACCGGCGGAACAAUCCGGAACUGGAGAAGAGGAGGAUCCACCACUGCGGCUAUCCUGGGUGCACCAAGGUUUACACCAAAAGUUCACACUUGAAGGCUCACCAGAGGACUCACACUGGUGAGAAGCCCUACCGCUGCACCUGGGACGGCUGCGACUGGCGCUUUGCCCGCUCAGAUGAGCUCACCCGACACUACCGCAAGCACACCGGAGCCAAGCCCUUCAAGUGCCUGGCCUGCGGACGCUGCUUCUCUCGCUCGGACCACCUGGCUCUGCACAUGAAAAGGCACCAGAACUAGGCCUGAGGCACAGCCUCCCUGCGGCCCCCGCCCCACCCAGACCGCGAUCAGAGGCCAGGCGCCCGGCUGCCACCCCCGCCUUGGAGGCCUGGCGAUGCCCAGGAAGGCAGGCUGGGGGUGGGGGGGGUUCUCCAGGAGACGCCUAUUUAUUUCUGCCUCCGUGAGACCAGCGUGUCAAGUCCUGACCAACUGACUUCUCUUGAAAUCCGAGGCUGUAGAACCGCAGCAGGAGGAGGAGGAGGUUGGCUGUGGGGGCCGCUGUCCAAAAUUAACUUCUCAGCUCUUGCAAGUCGCGUGGAACAGCUCUGGCCUUGGCUCACUUGGAGGAUCAAAGCAGCACGAAUUAAAUGGUGGCUUAAAUUGCUAUGUUUCUGCAGCUGAGGGGGGAAGAGAUCCUAACAUUUUGCACCCAGAGCUUCCUUAUCAGCAUC